AUGUUCCCAGGGGAUGACCCCCCCCCCGCCCUCUCUCUAAUCCACAGCCCCACCCCCGAGAGGAAAACUAACCUCUGUAACGCUGACCUCCGCUUGCAGCGUUCUCACACGCACGGUGUUCAUACCCCUGCUGUCCUCACACGCAGCCAUAACCCCGCCGUUACCCCCCACUGUGUUCUCACCUCCCAACCACCCACCCACCCUCAUCCACAGCCACCUACGCACUCAGUAAUCUUACCUCCCUCACACACAACCCUACACCUGCACAGUAUUCUCACCUCCCUCACACACACACAACCCUACACAGUUCUCACUCCUACACCCGCACAGUAUUCUCACCUCCCUCUCACACACAACCCUACACAGUUCUCACUCCUACACCCACACAGUAUUCUCACCUCCCUCCCUCACACACAGUUUUCAUACCCCUACACCCGCACAGUAUUCUCACCUCCCUCUCACACACAACCCUACACAGUUCUCACUCCUACACCCGCACAGUAUUCUCACCUCCCUCUCACACACAACCCUACACAGUUCUCACUCCUACACCCGCACAGUAUUCUCACCUCCCUCCCUCACACACAGUUUUCAUACCCCUACACCCGCACAGUAUUCUCACCUCCCUCUCACACACAACCCUACACAGUUCUCACUCCUACACCCGCACAGUAUUCUCACCUCCCUCUCACACACAACCCUACACAGUUCUCACUCCUACACCCGCACAGUAUUCUCACCUCCCUCUCACACACAACCCUACACAAGUCUCACUCCUACACCCGCACAGUAUUCUCACCUCCCUCCCUCACACACAAUUUUCAUACCCCUACACCCGCACAGUAUUCUCACCUCCCUCUCACACACGACCCUACACAGUUCUCACUCCUACACCCACACAGUAUUCUCACCUCCCUCCCUCACACACAGUUCUCGUACCCCUAUACCCGCACAGUAUUCUCACCUCCCUCUCACACACAACCCUACACACAGUUCUCACACCUACAUUCGCACAAUAUUCUCACCUCCCUCCCUCACACACACACUCCUACAUACACACAGUAUUCUCAUCUCCCUCCCUCUCACACACACCCCUACACACUGUUCUCACCCACACACAGUAUUCUCACCUCCCUCCCUCUCACACACAACCCUACACACAGUUCUCACCCGCACAGUAUUCUCACCUCCCUCCCUCUCUCACACACACCUACAUACACUGUUCUCACCCCUGGCUCUGAUGACUGACUGAACGCGUGUGUUUAUUGCACGGGGACAGGCCGGAGACCGAGGGGCUCUGGGUCCCAAUUCUCCGCUGGCCGUUGUCGUUGAGAAUCCUGAGCUGGCUGAGGUGGGGAUGAUGGGGAGGUGGGAACAUACUGACCUCAGCCUGCCCCCUGUCACCCCCACCUCAGGGCAAGCUGGGAGGGGAUAUAAAUCACCCUGCUCUGUAUCCACGAUGUUGGGGUCGGACGGGGAGGAAUCUUCUUGAUGGGAUUGUGCAUUCAUUCGACCCAGGCAGGGUUUGUAAAAGCCGGUGGCACAUGGAGGGGAGGGUAGGAUUAACAGGGCAUGAUUCAGGAUGCUCACCCCUCGUUCUGGAGCCUGGGAGCCGAGUCUGACCAGUCGCGUAUUUAUUGUGUCUCGCACUCUGUACACCCACCCCCGUGUACCUGCUUUAAGAACGGCUGCGGGAACGCCUGGUGACGUUUCAUGUAUCACCCGCACCCCCUACCCCCCCCCGCCACCACACACCCGUGUCUAAAGGGCUAAUGUUUCUACACCGCCUCCUGUUUGUUUGUAACGCCAGAAUCAUCACAUCGUUAGUUAGCAGAACAGGCUGUGGGACAGUCUCAGCCCAGGUCCUGUCUCUUGGCGAGCGCAGCCAGAGCCGGUCCGGCUCUCCCGGUUGGUAGGGGAGUGGGUUCUUGGGGAUGGGGGCGUCGAGUAUGACCAGGCGCUUGUGAGAUCGACAGGGUGCUGAGGGAGCCCAGGGGACAGGGCAGGGAAGGCGGAGUGGAGGUGGAAGGGUCGGCCGUGAUCUUGUUGAAGGGG